UCACGGGCGGCAGACCAUAGCCAGUACGGACUACGCUCUGCCUUAGUACUAACCAGUUACCAGUCACCAGUACUGCCGUACAUUCGAUAAAUAAAACACGUGUUAUGUGAUAGAUAGCGUAUAUAAAAUAUAAUAAAACACUGAUUUGGUAAAUACAAUAACACAAUGUAUUGUAUAAUAGCAACGAUAGUGGCCUUGUUGUAUAUUUUCUGGGACGUCAACUACUUUCUCCGAGUGGCUUUCACUGUUGCUAUUGGGAGAUUAUUCCAAAAGAAAAGCGGCCUCAAAGAUGCGACUACUAUUUACGGUUUUUGUACAACUCAAGAUGUGGAUAUCUUCCUCAAGCAUAUGAAUAAUGCUCGUUACGUCCGUGAGCUAGACUUCGCUCGGUUCCAUUUCUAUGAUCGAACAGGCAUCUAUGCUAACAUCAAAGCAGUCGACGGCCAUGUUCUCCAGGGCGCUUCGAGUAUUCGAUAUAGGCGGACUAUACCUAUAUUCACCGCAUACAAAGUAGAAACAAAGUUGGUGUAUUGGGAUGAUAAGUCGCUUUUCAUUGAACAAAAGUUUGUGACUUUCGAUGGAUUUGUGCGCGCUAUAAUACUGUCUCGGCAGAAUCUCAUCAACGUGGAUGCGGCUACUCUCUUGAAGAACAUCCCUGGUGCUGAAGUGAAGCCUGAAUGCCCAGAGGAAAUCAAGCAUUGGCUGGAAGCCAUUGAGAUAUCCAGUGCGAGGCUUAGGAAGAAGGAUUAGUUAGCUCCUUCUUCCUAAAUCCUACCUGAAUCCAUUAUAUUUUUUAUACUUAGAUAUAUAAUAUAGGUACCUACCUGUUUAAUAUAAAGUGGCUCAAGUAAUCUUAAUAAAAUUAUUUUAUACCUGA